AUGGAGGGCAAUUUCACCGAUAUUUUAGCCGAUGGAUUCGGCUCCUGGCCUAACAACCAACCUAUUUCUGUCGUGGCAAACCCGACGGAGCUGAUGUUGUCGUUUUAUGUUCGCUACGUGAAUUGGACUCUUAACCAUCAAGAGUCUCCCCCAUGGAAACAUACUCCGGUCCGAAAUAGUCCAGAGUCUCCCCCACCGCAACAUACUCCGGUCCGAAAUAGUCCACCUGUUGUUGCCUCACCUCCUCGAAGAAAGAAGUACAAGUCGGAAACAUCUUCGACUUAA